GUGACAUCAAAAAUGACUGGGAUUUCCCUUUGUAGUGGCAUAAGAACAUGUGCUGAUAUCCGGAAUGGCAUGCUCCCAGCACUUAUUGCGGCAAUCGCAGCCCACGCUAUUGGGAGUGAAUACGAGUGCAUGCAUGUCCUUUCUACGGUAAGUGUUUCCAAGGACUAUACCCAAUUUUAUAAAUGCAUAUAAUUGACACAAUCGGUAUUCAGCGAGAAUGCAUAUCUGCUGCUUGGGCGUGGCAGUCAUCCAUCCACAUAUAUAAAAGGCAAGACGCCCCCGCUAACUUGUCUUCCACCACCAUCAACCAGCAACUCCUCAGUACCCAAGCAACUUCAACAAUGAACGCCUACACUACUAUCCUCGCCAUCGCUGCUGUCGCUGUCGCUUCGGCCAACGCCCAGGUCUUCUGGAUCCACUGAUGGGAAUCUCCCAUGUCUGACACUCUGUUUUGUGGAGUUUGAUAUCUAGUCUUUGUAAUCUGUCGACAAAUAUAUACUGCAGCACUAUAUCUGUUUUGCACCAUGGCAGAACUGAAAACAAAUCUACAAUAUACUUGCGCACUGCUCGUGUGUGGUCACAUAUAGCCUUCUUUAAUACUGCCCAGAAUGGCCAUGCCAGACGACACCACACUGCUAUGAAGACAUAUGUCCAAUCCAGUAUGUCCACAGAA